UCGGACGUCGUCCAAUCCGGUAGGUGCCACCGGUGCCAUGUUGUGAUCGUUGAGGAAAUCGAUUGUGGCCGAAGUUCACUCAGUAAAGUGGAUCAAAACCUCUCUUAAAAGCACAUAUUGACAGCGCCCAUGGAGGUAAGAGGAAGUAUGGCGCCGAUUGACGUAAUAAUAAUAAUGACGUUUGUCGUCAUACAUGAUGACUGGCGGGGACAAAAACAACAAAAAUAUUGGCCGUCAAACUCAGAAGGCUUGUCGUAAAUUGUGAUUUUUUGUUUAUUCGCGCGGGUUUUCGUACGUAUGUGUUGUAUGCCGUGAGCACAUCUUGAAUUGAAAAAGAUUAACUUUGUACAGUAUUUCUAUUUGCUGAGCGCGAUGCAACACAUGCCGGAUGUGUUACGUUUGUCAGCGUAAAAGCACACGCAAAUGAAACUGGAGUUUGACAGUGCACGUUGCUGAGUAACGAUUUCCAUACGCAGCGGCGUUGUCUAGUAAUAUCGACUGUUGUCCAAGUGGGGAGGGAUUGAUGUGCUUUUACUUUGAAAUAAACAUGUCGAUAUUUCCGAUGUGGCGUUUGCGUACCUUGACUCCUCCUUCCCCAUCCGUGUCUCGGGUUCCAUUGAGCAGCCUGGGCUGUCCCAGACGUCGGCGAUUUGUGUAGGACGCGACGGUCACGCUCGAAGUCGUUUGAACCGGCGGUGACAUGCCCGGAGCCUGCCUGGCCUGUGGCCGCUGACUGGGCGGAGAGACGGCGUUCGUUUUCGGGGGGGACACAAGGAUUCGAGUGACCGCCGAGUGAGCAGCAGUACCGCAGCCUUGCGUCAAAUUCGGCUAAAAGCUAAACGGCCGCACGACGUGGGGAGAACCACGUUAGGAGGGGUUAUUUUGGGCGUCCACAUGUUGGAUUGCCGCUACUGCUUCUGUUGGCCUUCUCUCGAUUUUGUCAGAAGCAGAGAGCGACAACAUUAUCGUGAUUAUUAAGCAACGACUCGCCGAUACGGUUUUUUUCGGGGGUUGGUGGGGCGUGAUGGACCUGAAUUUUUACUCCCAUCUUACCGGCGGAAGCGGGCAGCACGACGGUGAUCCAGAGUUCCUGGACCCGCAGUCCUUCAACGGAUUUGACUCAGACAACAAGUUCCCAGGUGGCAAUGACAACUACCUGGCAAUAUCCGGGUCGGGCCACCCCUUCUUGGCUCCGUCAGAGACCUUCCACACUCCGAGUCUGGGGGAUGAGGAGUUCGAGAUCCCUCCCAUCUCAUUGGACCCGGAUUCAUCCCUCGCUGUCUCCGAUGUGGUGUCUCAUUUUGGGGAGCUGUCGGACACCAGUCCCUCCGACAACGUGGUGGUCCCCGGGAAUGCCGUGGUGGAAGGCGACGACCCAUCUUUCGCAUCCACUUUUGUCCACCCCCCUUCCCAAGGUCUGGAGCACCUGAGUCUUGGAGUCAUCAACCAGUCUGGAGGCGCCCUGCUUGGCUCGUCCCUGGGAAUGGAUUUGGGCCAUCCCAUCGGCUCGCAGUUUAGCAGCUCAUCUCCGGUCACCAUCGACGUUCCACUCGGAGACAUGAGCCAAGGCCUGCUGGGCUCCAACCAACUGACCACCAUCGACCAGUCGGAGCUCAGCGCUCAACUGGGUCUCGGCUUGGGAGCUGGGAAUAUUUUGCAGCGCCCUCAGUCACCGGAGCGGCCGCUAUCGGCCACGGCGUCGCCCACCAGCUCGCUGCAGGAUGACGACAUGGACGAUUUCCGGAGGAGCAUCCUGGUGGAUUCUCCAGUCUCUCAGACGUACUGCCCCGGCGUCAUCUCCCUGGACCCCUCUAUGGCCGAGGCGCCGUCAUCCGGCCCCACCUCCGGCGCUUCGGCCCUUACCGGUCGGAAGGCAGGCGGUGGCAGGAGCGGUAAGACGGGGAAGAAGAAGGAAGACCCCAACGAGCCGCAGAAGCCUGUCCCGGCGUACGCUCUCUUCUUCAGAGAUACUCAGGCGGCCAUCAAAGGACAAAAUCCUAAAGCCACCAUAGGAGAAGUUUCAAAGAUCGUGGCGUCCAUGUGGGACAGCCUCGGCAAGGAGCAGAAGCAGGUUUACAAGAGGAAAAAUGAAUUGGCCAAGAAGGAUUACUUGAGGGCACUUGCAGAGUACAGGGCUACCCUCAAUUGUCAGGUCCCCAUUGAAGUGUUGGAUUCAGCGCCAUCGCCACCUCCAGCGGCGCCUCCGGCCCCGCCCCCAUCCCGCCCCAGCAGGGCCCAACAGUACAACCCCGAGGAGAACACUAUCACCAACAUCUGCACUUCCAACAUCAUUUUGGACCUGCCCCAGGUCACCACACGGUCACGCACAGGCGCCAUCAGACCGCAACCUCCACCCGAUUCCAACCCACCCACCGUGGCCAAGAUCAUCAUCAAGCAAACGCAGCUCCCCUCGGGCGGCGUGUCGGUUACGGCCAUGCCCGCCUCGUUGGCACGACAGCCGCCGCCGCUUCAGCAAAUGCAGAGCACGCCGCCGCCGCCCAGGUUGCAGCAGAUGGUGCACGCCCAAGCGCCGCCACCCCUGCAAGCCAAGCCUCGGGGAGGCGGCGCCGUGGCUUCUGCGGCUCCACCGCCGCUGCAGAUCAAAAUAGUUCCGUCAGUACGCCAGGCGGAUUCGCUGAUUUUGACAUCGGCUUGUGAAACGUCGGAUUUGGCCAAGGUGCCCGGACAGUCGGCCGCUGCAGUGACAAGAGGAGAGGAAAUGAUGGAGGCGGAGGAAGGGAUGGAAGUGGAGGUGAAAGUGGCCCCCGGGCCUGGCAUCACGCCUGCUGCCAGUCCAAACAUUUGCGUACGCAACGGGUGCACCAAUCCAGCGGUGGACAGCAAAGACUGGGACAAAGAGUACUGCAGCAACGAGUGUGUCGCCACACAUUGCAGAGAUGUGUUCACGGCCUGGUGUGCCAUUCGAGGGCAGAACUCCACCACAGUCACCUAACGGAGGGACCAUUGGGACCAAUUCAUCCAUCAAUCCAUUCACCCCUCCCUUUUUAAUGAUUUUUUUUAAAGAGCUUACCGUGGGGGACGCUGGAGUCUGUCUCAGCUGAUAGUGGCUGAAUGGUGGAUUGGUCGCCAGUCCAUCACUGGGCACUGAGACACAAACAACUCUUUAUACUGUACCUACAGUCACUAAGUCAGCUACACAACAUUAUCAGUGAACCCCCCCCCCGCAUGACCAAGGACAAGCGAGCGAGUGAAGGCCAGAUCAGGCUCAGGUAUUGGCACACGUCUUUGAUCCUGUUAGGAGUCAAGACGCUGCUGCCAAGUAUUUCUUUAUUCAACUCUGUGCAAAGACUCAAUUGUGUGUUUGUGGUUUUUUUUUUAGGAUUGAGGUGUGUGAGUGAAAUGUGAAAAGUGAGUUCCUCUGUAAACGUUUGGGCAGCAGCUUCCUUGCGUGCUGACAUAAAAGGUGGAGCGGGUGCACCUCGCUCCAUCACGUGCAAUUGUUUUCUGUUUGUC